GUCUCUGUCGCACAGCCUCCUCUAUCUUUAUGGGAGAAGUUGUACGCCCUGCGUAAAAACAGAUCAACGCGAGCUCGUGCCUUUCACCUCAUCAUAGUGGUUAUCCUCGUUUUCACGCUGAUUCUACUCCUACCAGCCUACAUCUUCAUGCGACUCGAACCAAACUGGAGCUAUCUUGACUCCAUCUACUUCUGUUUCAUCUCGCUCACAACAAUUGGCUUUGGUGACUUUGUUCCCGGUAGAGGGCCUAUUCACGUAUCCAUCUCAAACAGUACACAAGUACAUAAGGUGGCACACGAACUCUAUAACAUUGGAGUUGUUGUCUAUCUGAUCGGUGGAACUACAAUGCUAAUGCUGUUGGUUCGGGUGUAUCGUGAGAUGAUGGAAACGGAGCGUCGGAUCAAACGCGAUCGUGUGAUUUUGAAGCUGCAGCAUUCCCUAACCGAACCGAAUCUGCUUCAUUCCAACACACCUUUUUGCAUUCCUCCUUAG